AUGAAAAGGUGUGCUCCGGCCGUAUUAAGAACUUACAAUUAUAAGAAGGGCAUAUGGAGUACUGGCGUACCCAAUCAUAUAAAAAAGUUGCUUCGAGAUAAAUCGACCUCACCUUUAUGCUCACAGGAUGAGAGUAGUUUGAUGUCAUUCUUUAUGGCGCGCCGAAACGUUCCCCUGAAGUCGAUUGGCACUUCGGUAACGAAGAAGACAGAAACAUCAAUAGCAAGCAACUCUGCUACCAAAUCAUUUGAACGACAGUAUCUUAUAAACUAUCUUUAUCGGCAUCAAGCCUAUGGAAAUGUUAUAAAAAUUGCACAGAACUUUCUUUAUACCUCUAUCGGUUCACAAAGGGUGCUAAAGCAGGAUGCCUCAUUACCUGAAUUGAAAAAGUUUCUCCUCUCGUUGCUGAUUUUACAAAGAGGUAUCCAAUUAGAUCAAGCAAUGUCAGAUAUAAUAUUCCAGUUUUUGUUAACACAAAAGACAAUGGUUGUAGACCUGAUUAAUUCUAUUUUCUCGAAAAUGGUUACGAUGAAUAUGCACGGAGAAGCAGUGUAUAAAUGGGUCAAGUGGAUGAGGUUAGUUAAUGGUCAUUGUGAAUUUACUAACUAUAAGGAAAAUAGAAUAAUAUUGAGAAACUUUCUAUCUUUCAUGAGACAGUCCAAUAUUCACCACGAUUUCCUAUAUUAUCUGAAGGCUGUUCAGCUCACUCAGGGGCCGGCAAUAGCGUCUCAAUUUGCAACUACUUUGAUGUUCUUAUUAACUUAUAUUAGAAGAUUUUCUUUGGCGAAAACAAUUUGGAGCUACAAAUGUGAACAUAACUUACCAAUAAUAAGUUCUGACCUGACGUGUAUUUUGAAGACAUAUUGUCACAUGCAAAAAUUCUCUUUAGUUCCACAAACAUAUUGGAAGUAUCCAGAUGCUCAGCAUGACCAAGAUCAGUUUGAUUAUCUUUUAGUGGCCCAUUCUAAGCUGCAUGAUUGGAAUGCUCUACAACAACAGUUCAAUGCUCUUUUUGGUAUUGGUAAGCUACCUUCCAUACAACAUUACGGUAUUUUGAUGUAUACUAUGGCUAGAAUUGGUGAGCUAGACAGUGUCAAUAAACUCUAUACUCAACUAUUGAGGAGAGGCAUGAUACCGACGUACGUCGUUUUACAAUCUUUAUUAUACGCGCAUUAUAAAGUUGGGGAUUUUUCAGCCUGCUUUACUCACUUUGAGCUAUUCAAAAAAUACGACAUAGCGCCUUCAACAGCCACUCAUACCAUAAUGCUAAAAGUUUAUCGUGGUCUAAAUGACCUAGAUGGUGCGUUUAGAAUAUUGAAAAAACUAAGUGAGGAUCCCAACGUGGAAAUUACGGAAGGCCAUUUUUCCUUACUGAUACAAAUGUGCUCCAAAUCUACAAAUUAUAUGAUUGCUCAAGAGCUAUUCAAUCUUAUGACUGAUCAUUAUAGCAUUCAGCACACUGGAAAAAGUGUCGCGGCAUUGAUGGAUGUAUACAUUGAAAGUAAGAAGGAAACAGAGGCCAUAGCGCUAUUUGAAAGAUAUGUGAAGAAUUUGUCUCGGAGAGACGGUUUAAUUUCUGUAUACAACAAAGCGAUCAAAGCGUAUAUUGAAUUACGGAACGUUAAUAAGUGUGAAGAGAUCUUCCAUAAGAUCACAGAUUUAAAUCUGGCUGUUGACAGUGAAUUUUAUAAGAUGAUGAUGAAAUUUUUAGUUAUACUAAAUCGAGAUUACGAAACGGCAUUGAAUAUUAUAGAUGAAUUGGUUAAGCAUCCUGUGAUUAAAGUGGACGCUACACAUUUUGAAGUUUUAAUGGAGGCAUAUGACAAAAAAAGUUAUCGUGAUGGUGUAAUUAAUCUGUACAAAAUAAUGUCACAAAACAAGGUUCCAGCAAACUCCAAAAUAUUAUACUUCAUAUUGAAGGCUGUUACCAAAAAAAGCCUACAAAAUAACGAAGAAAUCAAAGAAACGAUAAAUAUGGUAGAAGAUAUUAUGAAAAACGCCGCCAAUGGAACUCUUGACGUUACGUAUAACAAACUACAUCCCUCGGUGAUGACAUGGCCUAUGAGAAUGAUUGUUAAGCAUGAUAGUCCUCAACGUGCUUUAGAAUUAUACAAUCAGUACAAUCAGCUUUUCUUCAAGAAGCACGAAUGGGUAUCAACUAAUAAUAAGUUUGUAAUGAUGAGAUCAUUAUUGGUACUAUUAGCUCAAAUUGAACAAUGGAAAGAUUUUGAGACACUAUUCACUAAAUAUAUGGAUCGUAUUGAAAACAUUGAAAACCUGCCAUCAUCUACAACGCCGAAUAUUAAGUUUAGAAGCCUAUUCAGUGGACUGCUCCCUUACAAAGUAAAUCAAUUAGUCGCAAUGAACAAAAUCAAUGAACUGCCCCUGCUGUGGAAAACGUUAAGGGAGAAGGGUUUUGUUUUAGAUAACAUUUCGUGGAAUAGCGCUGUAAACGCAUUAUUUAAGGAUUCAAGGACCCUCUCAUAUGGUAUGAAAAUUGUUGAUGAUACACUAAUUCAUGGAUACGACUUGAUUCAUAAGUUUAGACUAUUAACGAAACUAUCCGAGGACACUACGCACUCAACUGACAAAUCUUGGCAAACAUUGGAAAUGAAGGAAAAAAAUACUUAUAAAUUUCAACCCAAGUUGUACUUGAAAAGUGAUACAUAUAACAGUGUAAUGAGGCAUUUGGAUAUUUAUUUUGACGCUAUUGACGAUCUGAAGACACUAGAAGAUCAGAUACGUGAUUUCAUAUCGAAUUACAAGUAUUUCAUGAAAGACUACUUAUUGAAACCAAGAGGCAACGUUAGUAAAUGGGAGCAGAUUGAAAUGCGACAUUCCUCCUUCUUCAAAGAACUAAGAAAAUCUAAAAGAGUACUGCCUGCCAGUAAAUUCUAG